AUCCUGUUCGCAAAACCAUCCUCCUCCUCCUCUCCUUCCCCAGCCCCAUCGAUCGACCGAUCCCAGGGACGACGCCCGCCAUGGGCUGCGCGGAUACAUUUCACAAACAGAUGAUGAAUGCCAUGUAACCCCCAGGGAUUCCGCCAGUGAUGGAAGACAUGGUUGAUCAUGAGAUGGAAUCCAAUGUCAAACCAGCACAUGGAGGGCAAACGGAUGACGAGAGCACGUCGGUAGUCCACGAAGAGUCGGACGAGGACGAGGAGUUUCGAGAUCCCCAAGCUAACAUAGAGGAAGACUGCAACAAUUCUGACAGUGAUGCUAAGGGUACAGAAGAACCACCGGAGAAAAUGGAUCUGUCCUGCUUUUCGGGCAUCCUGCACCGUGACCCGGAUGAACAGAGCCGCUGCUGCUGGACGAUACCCGACAGCACGCUCUUCAAAGUCCGGAGCAAGAACUUCCCUACCGAUAAAUCAAAGAUACCUGCACCGAGUUAUCUCAUGGAGCUUGCGGCGAUUGACUGGUUUAAGGACACCAAACGCAUGGAUAAUGUUGGCAGGCAGAAAGGUUGUGUUGCUCAGGUUGCUGCCGAGAAAGGGAUGCACACGUUUGUUGUCAACAUACAGAUUCCGGGACCAAUUCAUUACAGCCUAGUGAUGUAUUUCGUCACAAAUACCUUGGAAGAAGGAUCGUUGCUGCAACGCUUCUUCGAUGGGGAUGAUGAAUUCCGCAAUAGCAGACUGAAGCUUAUGCCGGGAGUUCCAAAGGGCUCUUGGAUAGUGCGGCAGAGUGUCGGAAGUUCCUCUUGUAUAUUGGGGAAGGCCGUCGAUUGCACUUACGUGCGUGGUCCGAGGUACUUGGAAGUGGAUGUUGACAUCGGUUCUUCUGCGGUGGCCAAUGGAGUUUUGGGCCUGGUGUUUGGUGUUGUCACAACAUUAGUAGUUGACAUGGCUUUCCUAAUACAGGCGAUCACGUACGACGAGCUUCCGGAGCAGGUGAUCGGAGCAGCUCGGCUGGCCCACGUCGAACCGGCGGCAGCAAUAGUUCCUGACCUCGACAAUAACAGUGAUAGUAAAGAUAGCAGCAAUGACGACAACAACAAUAACACUUCCUCAGAGGAUGACAAGUCCAAGAAAACCAACUGAUUUUUCUUUUCUUCGCGCACAGAUUAUUUGAUUCUUCUCUUUACCCUCUUCCAUUAGUCAGCUCAAGCACUGCAUCAACUUGCAGCCUUGGCUUGAGUUCCGAACUUGAGACAAGUAUUAAUUUUUACAUUUCAUUUUUCCACUUCAGUUGUUGAUUUAUGGAAGCAACUGGAUGUAGAUUACAUGCUCGCACAAUACAGAUUGAUGAAUACGGCCUGCUGUAUUACACAGUAUAUAUUUGAGACGGUAUUAAAUUUUUUUCA